CUUUCCCCGAACUCUACCUGUCACCGCAUCCCCCCCUCACGAUCGAUUCCUCCCCCCCAUCGUCCGCUCUCCUCGCUCAGAGCUCUCGACCUCGCACAGCUUUAAGCUGCUUUGCACCCGCGCCUGCCUAUCUAUCAAUUUGAUAGCUUCGAAUACCGCUCCCAUCCAAAUCGCAUCCCGAUCCCUCCGCCGCCGAGUCGAACACGCGCAAUGGCGCACAUCAGAGCUCGAGCUCCCCAGGCGGCUCUGCAGGGUCUGAGGGCCGCGAGCCCGGCCCCACGCCGCCGAUGCGUCGCCCUCGCCGGAGGCGCACGGCACAUGUCGAGCGAGCGCCGGCCCGAGAGGCCCGCGUCAAACGAGGAAAGGCAAGGUCGGUCGUUCCAGGGCCAGGUCGUCGGCAGCAUCACCCAGCGUCUGGCGCGCGAGAAGGCGGAGCGAGAGAGGUUUGCUGCUGAGCGCGAAAAGUCCGGCAACAGCAGGAACCUUGCCUAUACCUUUGUGCUACUCACCACAAUGGGCGUCUCGUACUACCUUGGCACUCUCGUCCCCCCUAGCCCCAGCGAAGAAUCGACCCUGCCGCUGGCCAAGACGAUCGCGCCGGUACACAAGCUGAACAAAGAGAACCUCGAGGCCGCCUGGGCCGACUUCGUCAGCAUCGUCGGCAAGGAUCAUGUCAGCACAACGGCCACGGACCUUGAGCACCACGCCGACUCAGAGUGGUCAUCACACUCGGCCAAGCCCGAGGAGCGUCCCUUCUGUGUCGUGUUCCCCAACUCGACGGAGGAGGUCUCACAGAUCAUGAAGAUCUGCCACCAGCGGCGCAUCCCCGUCGUCGGCUACAGCGGCGGCACCAGCCUCGAGGGCCACUUCACCCCGACCCGCGGCGGCAUCUCCAUCGACUUUGGCCGCAUGAACAAGGUCCUGAAGCUGCACCAGGAGGACCUCGACGUCGUCGUGCAGCCGGCCGUCGGCUGGGAGUCACUCAACGACCAGCUCGCGCAGACGGGACUUUUCUUCCCGCCCGACCCGGGCCCGGGCGCCAUGAUCGGCGGCAUGAUCGGCACGGGCUGCAGCGGUACCAACGCCUACCGCUACGGCACCAUGCGCGAGUGGGUUCUUAGUCUGACCGUUGUGUUGGCCGACGGUACCGUCAUCAAGACGCGCCAGCGCCCGCGCAAGAGCUCCGCCGGCUACGACCUCACCAAGCUCUUCAUCGGCUCCGAGGGCACCCUGGGUCUGGUGACCGAGGCGACGCUAAAGGUCACGACGAAGCCCGCCUCCACGUCGGUCGCCGUGUCGGCGUUCCCAACGAUUCGCGACGCGGCCAACUGUGUCGCCAAGGUCGUCGCCGCCGGUAUCCCCGUCGCCGCCGUCGAGAUCCUCGACGACCUGCAGAUGCAGUGCAUCAACAAGGCCGGCAUGACAAGCAAGGCGUGGGCUGAGGCACCAACGCUCUUCUUCAAGUUCGCCGGCACGGAGACGGGCGUCAAGGAGCAGGUGGCGCUGGUGAAGCAGCUGGCAUCCCGGUCCGGCAGCAAGACGUUCGACUUCGCCAAGAGCGAGGAGGAGCAGCAGGAGCUCUGGAGCGCGCGGAAGGAGGCGCUGUGGAGCACCAUGGCCGUCAAGCGUGAGGGCGACCACGUGUGGACGGGCGACGUGGCAGUGCCGACGAGCCGGCUGCCGGACAUCAUCGAGGAGACGAAGGAGGCCAUGGCCAAGAGCGGGCUGUUCGGGACCAUUGUCGGACACGUCGGCGACGGCAACUUCCACACGAUCCUGCUCUACAACGACCAGGAGCGCAAGCGGGCCGAGCACCUCGUGCACAACAUGGUCAAGAGGGCCGUCGAGAUGGAGGGAACUGUCACGGGCGAGCACGGCGUUGGUCUCGUCAAGAGAGACUACCUCCCCCACGAGCUGGGCGAGACGACAGUCGACACCAUGAGACAGAUCAAGAAGGCCCUCGACCCCCUUUGCCUGCUCAACUGCGAUAAGGUUGUCAGGAUCCAGCCGCCCAAGGCGGGCGAGGUCAGCGAGUGGUAAAGCGGAAGCGGCUGUAGGCUGCGACGUAGACAUAACGAAGAGUUGCUCGAACUACGUCUAGAUCUGAGUCUUGGGUUGUAGGUGUAGGAUUAGGGUGGACGCGACACAGACUUAGCCAGCACCAUUAACCCCUGUACAUAUAUAUCUCCCUGAUGCGCCGGUAUGGCUGGCGCACAAUGCAACAUGCGUUCAAAGUUGAGGCAAUCGGUCCUCUGCUCGGUGUUCAACCUCUCUUUUUCUGACCGCUGGAUCGCGGUCUGCGAAUGAAAC